AUGGGCUUCAACCUCUUGAUCGACAGAAGUGGGAAACUUCUGAUGAAAAAGAAUGCGGUCUGCAGGUGUGCUGGAGUCGGGGUGUUGUUUGCUGCGGCUUCUGCUGCAGCUGGCCAGGUUGUCGCAACAGUGAUGAAGGCUACCAAACUGAAGGAGCUUUGCAGACGCACUGACAAGUCACAUGACAGGGCACUCUGUGAGCUGAAAGCGGAAGUUCUGCCGUACCUCCCUCCAAAGAGGAAAAGCAAGAAGCAGGAGCACGCCGACGAUUCCGAGGGCUCCGAUGCCUCGGAAGUGUCCUCCGAAGUGGAGUCCGAUGAUGAGGACGGUGGGCUCUCCAGCCAGGUCGAAGUAGAAAGCCUGAGAAGAUUGAGUAGCUUGGAAAGUGCAACCACUCCGGAUUCUGGGCUGGCAUUGAUUCGGCUUGCAUGUGGGUACACCUACAAUGGACUCCGCUUGGACCUGAUCACGAGAAUCGUUGCUGGUGUGAAGGCUCCGGUGGCCGAGCCGAAGGAUCGCUUGUCGGCAGUGGUGGCCAAGUUGCAGGUCUUGGAGAGUCUGCAGAAAUUGACGACACAGCCUACGCCCUUUCUUCCAAAGCUGCAGUACAAGAAUCAGGAAUGCGACAGUGCAGACGAGGACGACGAGUUAGCUGAUACUGGCUCUUCCAAGAAACCGAAAGGCAAGCCUAAGAAGCGCAAGUGCAAGAAGGCAAAGGCGAAGAAACCGAGCAAGGCUAGAAGCAGCAGCAGCGAAGGGAAAGCAAAAUGCCCGACAGAUGGCAGCUGCAAGUACCAGCCUGGAUCCUUCAGGCAGGAGCGCAUUGACUUCAUUCACAGAACCAUGGAAGAGAAGAACAUCAAGUUUUUUGAAGCAGCUAAGUAUUGGCUUCCUAGUGCACACCGGGUCAAAGAAGAUCCCGAAAACAGGGCCCAAGCCAGCUUGAGAGAUUUCGACUUCGUGGAGCUCUUCUGUGGAGACGCAGAAGUCAGCAGCAAGCUCCGUCAGGAUGGCUUGGAUGGAGCUUCGUUGGAUCUUACGACAAACCCUUACAGAUUCGACCUCACCGGGGAUGUAGGGUUUGCUCUGGCGCUGAAUGCAAUCCUUCGUUUGCGGCCUGGUGGUGUGGUUGUUAUGGGGCUGUGCUGCGAAAGCUUCUCCAUAAUGUUUUUCGUGGCAGCUGGUACAUGGGCAAAUUCGGGGGCCCCACUGCAAAGCGCCAUAUGGGGUGGAGCAAUGAUGAGAUACACGGCUACCUUCGGCCACAACAUCGUGGACAUCUUUCGCAAAAGGCAGCUGCUGAAGGACCACGGUGGUCCAGAAAAGAUGGCCGACAUGUUGGCCCGAGUAUAUCGAACCAGAACCGUGUGCCGUGAAUACACCGUGAAACUCGUGAACGGCCCAGAUCUGGUGCUUGUGUCGAUGGCGCCCGCUCAGAGCAAGGCGUCUGAGGAUGCCAAGAGCCGCAGCAAGCAGCUUCGUGCCGAGUUUGCUCGUGGCAAUGCCAUGAGAAAGCAAGCAAAGGAAACUGGUACAAUGGAGUAUGACUUGUCAACUCCCUUGUUGGAUGAUGGCUCAUGCACCAUUACACUGGGUAGUCUUAUGGAGUCAGAGAACCUUCAGUAUGAAGAAGCUGUUGAGGUCAUGAAACAAUUCCGUGCAGAGGCUGAGCCUGAAGGGGGUCGCUGGGAGUUGCCGAAGCUGCCAGCAUCAUCGUCCAAGGCCAAGAAGCCUGGCAAAACGGUGGCAUCUGAGGCUUCUGUUGUUGCAGCGAGCGACGCUACAAAAUCCGAAGAUGCAGCCACACCUGCCCCACCCAUGGACGAUCCAAAAGAAGCAGCAAAAGCGGAGAAAACCCGCGAGCCCACCCCCGAGCCCACCCCCGAGCCCACCCCCGAGCCCACCCCCGAGCCGACCCCGGAGCCCACCUCGGAGCCAGUGUCAGUGCGCAAGAAGAAAGUGAAGAAAGGUAAGAAGGCUAAGUCAUCGAAACUUCGCAGGAGCCAGGCCAAGGAGGACUUCGAAGAGGCCGACCCCGAGUGGGAGGAGGAAGGGGCCCCAGCUGCAGAUCCGUCUGCAGACGAUGUCCAAGCAAUGAUCGCGGAAAUCGAUGAGCAAAUCAGCCAGCCCGAGCCCGAAGAGGAGGGUGGGAAAAAAGCACCUAAGUCCCCCCCACCAGUGGUGAAACGCCGGCGCAUGGCCAAGGGACCUCCCACCGAGCCUCCUACGAGCCCCGCCCCCGAAGCCAAGUCCAAAGCGUGGCCCCACGAUCGCCAACCCCUGAACCGUGAAGAAGCUGCCCUGCACGGGGGAUGGUCCUGCCUCUCUCUCGAGCUUGGGGAGAAGCAGCUGGAGAUGGAGAACACCGGGCCGGACUACGACGACACCGUUGUCAAUGGGUCCUCGGUUACUGAGUUGGGGGCUUCGGCUUCGCAAGUCAGCAACAACAAUGCAGAUUACCAUCAGAUCUUGGCCCUUGUGGACAAGCUCCAGUCGCAGCUGCUCCAGCAGCAGCAACGUCGGGAUGCUGAGGCCAAGGAGAAAGAUGAUGCUGCUGCGUUGGCAGCGAUCGAGGACAAGCGAGACCUCGUCGAUGAUGACCUCGAUGGGGAGCCAGCUCAGGAUGAUGAUAUGGAGGCCCAGGCGGAGGCUGAGAUGCUAGAGGGUGUUGAGAGCGAAGUUUCUUCUAGGAGAGAAGAAGAGGCAACAAAUGCAGAGAAGAAGGCUGCAGAUCCACCCCGGGCCGUGGCCACCCCAGCUCGCAACUCUGAGCGUGCUGAGCUCUUGAAGCGAUGGGUGCAAGCGGGAGAGAACCUACAAUCGACCGAGCACUCGAUUAUCUCAUCUCGGAAAUCCAACCUCAACACCAAGCGCAAGCUCACUCUUGUGAGCGUAAAAGACAGAGACUGCCCAGGGGUUGUCGAAGAGACAAAGUACUGGGUGACCACGGAAGAAUCCAAGACCGACACUGUCGACAUUGGGUGCGAGGAGCGGAUGAAUAUCCAGGCGACUCCCACAAGUGCCAAUGCCUACAACAUCCUGGCUGGCCCCACGACCCCCGGCAUGCUAGAACGUCCGAGGACUUCGGCUCCUAUGCCUUUGUCGGGCGAUGUUCUCCGAGCGUAUGAUGGCUACCGUUCCAGUUUGGCAGCUGCAGCGGGGUUGGAAGGCAACCCAGGAGGCAAUCCAGGCCAGAGCGCACGGUCCGUGGCCGGAUCUCGUCGUUCCGGAAGAGGGGCGGCGCCUGCCAAGAAGAUCCCGCUGAACGAGGAGCACUUCCGAACCGACCAGGACGAUGAGCUCAAGCAGGACCUUGAUCGGUACAACAAGCGCUUGAAAGGGCUGGCUCUAAAGACUCCUGAUUGCAUCUAA